GGCGGCCCUGAGGCGUCGGGGCCGCGUUCGCCGCCAUGUCGUCGGGCCUGCGCGCCGCAGACUUCCCCCGCUGGAAGCGCCACAUCGCGGAGGAGCUGAGGCGCCGGGACCGGCUGCAGAGGCAGGCGUUCGAGGAGAUCAUCGUGCAGUAUAACAAGUUGCUGGAAAAAUCAGAUCUUCAUUCAGUGUUGGCCCAGAAACUACAAGCAGAAAAGCAUGACAUACCAAACAGGCACGAGAUCAGUCCUGGACAUGAUGGUGCCCGGAAUGACAGUCAGCUACAAGAAAUGGCCCAGCUGAGGAUUAAACACCAAGAAGAACUGACUGAAUUACACAAAAAACGUGGGGAGUUAGCUCAGUUGGUGAUUGACCUGAAUAACCAAAUGCAGCAGAAGGACAGGGAGAUGCAGAUGAAUGAAGCAAAAAUUGCAGAGUGUCUACAGACCAUCUCUGACCUAGAGACAGAGUGCUUGGAUCUGCGCACCAAACUGCAGGACCUCGAGAUCGCCAACCAGACGCUGAAGGAUGAAUAUGACGCCCUGCAGAUCACUUUUACUGCCCUGGAGGAGAAACUAAGGAAAACCACUGAGGAGAACCAGGAGCUGGUCACCAGGUGGAUGGCUGAGAAGGCCCAGGAAGCCAAUCGCCUCAAUGCAGAGAAUGAGAAGGACUCCAGGAGGCGACAAGCACGGCUACAGAAAGAGCUUGCGGAAGCAGCAAAGGAGCCUCUGCCCGUGGAACAGGAUGAUGACAUUGAAGUCAUUGUGGAUGAGACCUCAGAUCACACAGAAGAGACCUCCCCCGUGCGAGCCAUCAGCAGAACAGCCACUAAGCGACUCUCGCAGCCUGCUGGAGGCCUUCUGGAUUCUAUCACUAAUAUCUUUGGUCUGUCCGAGUCUCCCCUUUUGGGACACCAUUCUUCUUCUGAUGCUGCCAGGAGACGCUCUGUUUCUUCCAUCCCAGUCCCCCAGGACAAUGUGGAAACUCGCCCUGCUUCUGGUAAAGACGUAAGGGUGCCGACUACUGCCUUGUGUGUCUUUGAUGCACAUGAUGGAGAGGUCAAUGCUGUUCAGUUCAGCCCAGGUUCCCGAUUACUGGCCACUGGAGGCAUGGAUAGGAGAGUUAAACUUUGGGAAGUAUUUGGAGAUAAAUGUGAAUUCAAGGGUUCUCUGUCUGGCAGUAAUGCAGGAAUUACCAGCAUUGAAUUUGAUAGUGCAGGAGCUUACCUCUUAGCAGCUUCAAAUGAUUUUGCGAGCAGAAUCUGGACUGUGGAUGAUUAUCGGUUGCGGCACACACUCACAGGCCACAGUGGGAAAGUGCUUUCUGCUAAGUUCCUGCUGGACAAUGCACGAAUAGUCUCAGGAAGUCAUGACCGGACCCUCAAGCUCUGGGAUCUACGCAGCAAAGUCUGCAUAAAGACAGUGUUUGCAGGAUCUAGUUGCAAUGAUAUUGUCUGCACAGAGCAAUGUGUGAUGAGUGGACAUUUUGACAAGAAAAUUCGUUUCUGGGAUAUCCGGUCAGAAAGUGUGGUCCGAGAGAUGGAACUGUUGGGGAAGAUUACUGCCCUGGACUUAAACCCAGAGAGGACUGAGCUGCUGAGCUGCUCCCGUGAUGACCUGCUGAAAGUCAUUGAUCUCCGGACAAAUGCUGUGAAGCAGACAUUCAGUGCACCUGGAUUCAAGUGCGGCUCUGACUGGACUCGAGUUGUGUUCAGCCCUGAUGGCAGUUACGUGGCAGCAGGCUCGGCCGAGGGCGCUCUCUAUGUCUGGAGCGUGCUCACAGGGAAGGUGGAGAAGGUUCUUUCCAAACAGCACAGCUCCUCCAUCAAUGCGGUAGCAUGGGCCCCCUCUGGCUUGCAUGUCGUCAGUGUGGACAAAGGAAGCAAAGCUGUGCUGUGGGCACAACCUUGAGGCCUCCCCCCCCCCUCAGGAACAGCACAGGACCCCCACAGCACUGUCCAGGAAGUGGUGUUAUAGAGAAGAGCUGGAGCCAUGUGGUGCCGAGGUCCUCCCAUGACAUUUGACAGAGGUCUCGGAAGAGCCUGGAAGAACCAACACUGACCCGACCUGACUCUGCAUUCCCAGCAGAAGUUCGGGUGUUGUCAGUUCAGUUCAGGUGGAAAACACUACUAGCUCUGGGCUUCCACACCUCAUUAGGGAGCACAGGACCCCUGCUGAGUGGCCCACUGGACACAGUGCCAAGGACAACCCACGCAUCAGGCAUUGGCUCCCCUGUGUUGCUUCUGUCCUCCAAAGUCUGUUGUGGCCUGGUGCACACCUCCUUGUCAUGGAGACUCAACUGCAGCACUGCGUCAGCAGAAGCCAAACACAGGGCCCUAUCUUGACAUCAGGGGCCGGGGGGUGGAGGGUGCUUCUAUACUGGGUGUGAUCUCGUCUCACUGCUGAAAUUUCUCCCAUCUCUUCACUUCCCUGGAACUCCCAGAAUUUUCAUGCAUCUAUCUAUUUCUUGGUCAAGAAAUCUUGAUUUGGUUUAAACAAAAAACUUUUUUUUUUUUUUGUUUUGUUUUUCGAGGUAGGAUCUCACUCUAGCACAGGCUGACCUGAAAUUCAUUCUGUAUUCUCAGGGUGGCCUCAAACUCACAGCGAUCCUCCUACCUCUGUGCCUCCCAAGUGCUGAGAUUAAAGGCAUGCACUGCAGUGCUCUGCUAAACAAAAUUUUUUUAAGAGUAGAGGGUGCGUGCCAACCUUUGCCAGUGAGUGAGUGUGUGCCACAUUCUGCUGGUGACAGGAGUGGGAGUAGUUGAAUCCAGCCUGUGCCCCUGUGGCAGGCCCGCAUGCAGCGGCCCCCGCGCUCUACUCGGGAAGCCCAGUCCAGGGACCGAGUGUGAUGAGGCCGGGACAGCAUUGUCUUCACUGUUGUACCUGUGUCCAUGGUCUGAGCGCUACGCCUGCGUGUCUACAACACCUCGGUCUCCUCACCAUUUAAUUUGCACUUUAUUUUUCCCCCACACUUGUUCUCUGGACAGAAGGGAUAUGAGUGCUAGAACGGGAAGGGUGAGGCAGCCUUACCUCUGACUUUCCUGCCUACAACUCCCUUCUUACUUGGCUGUCAGAGCUUGUGUUGAGGGAAGGCCAGGGCACAUCUUAUUUAUUUAAUUAUGUGGCCCAACAACUUGAUUGUAAAUAAAAAAAUAAAAUUCUGUUAUAUGCUUUACAAA